ACUGAUUACGUUAAAUCCAGUUAACGUUUGUUUCUUACGCUACAGGAAGAACUGUGCACGUGAUUUAUACGCACGGUUGUGUUUCCGGUUAUCUAGUGUCGCCGCUGUCGCGCUACAUCUUGUUUUACGGUGUCUAAUCUUUCCGUAACACGGUUUUUCCUUUGGUUUUCGGGCCUGACUAAUCCACCAUGUCUUACAGGAACAGCCGGGGACGAUUCAGGAGCGAAUUGGAUCAUGGCUACAGGAGUGGAGGAAAGCACUCAAGACCUUUAGAAAGACCUUUAGAAACCUUUAGGCGUGCCUCUUAUACAAGGGAAAGUACCAGUGGCAGCGAUUUUUCCAGGUUUGAACGUAAUGAGUCUUUUGACUCCAGGUAUUCUCCUGAUAGGAGAGAUCGGUACAGAUCUAGCUACGGUAAUGAAUACAAAAUUAGCUAUAGGAAUAAUUCUGCUGAUCGAUAUGUGGAAAGCUACAGGAAUAGAUAUGACUCUCUUGACGAAAGAGAUGAUCUGGAAAGGGAGGAUUUUCAUAGGAGAAAAAAUGUUGGAUAUGACAAACCAUCACGAAGCAGAGGUCGCGCAAGAGGAAGGGCAGGAUUUACCAAGGGGAGUAAAAAGAUACACAGACCAACCGUAUCAGUCUGGGAUUGCCUGUCAAGAAACGAAAGCUGUCGGGUACGGAGAUAAAUCGAAACUUCAAAAAAUAUCCUC